UUUGGAGCUCAGCUUUGCUAAUCUCCAUUACUAACCUAUCUGUCUUUCUCUAUCAAGAGGAAGGCAAAACGGAAAUGUCAAAUGAAAAUUUUAACCUCAUGAAUUGUAAUUCUAUCGAAGGGACCAUGGAGGAAGACAUGCCAGGUCUAAUUUCUCAGAAUUUCAGAGCUUCAAAGCCAUUUUUCGAUCGUAAACGACUUCGCGAUAACCACUCCUCUGCUCUCGAUUGUCUUCCUCACAAGACUAGGGACGUUACUGGAAUCAAAUCCCCAGCUCAGGUUUCUGCCAUUAGAAGGUCUCCCCUUGCGGAGAUACCUGCGAAUUCGCCAUCUUCAUCUCAUGGGAUUGUAUUUAAAUCAACCGUUGGAAAACAUAGCAGCAUUACGUGUAGCGGAGACUUCCAUAAGAGUGAAUCAGAAAUUCAGAUUUCAAACUCAAGGACAAUUAGUGUGUUUGUAGAGAGCGAUGGUCUUUCAAAUCCUUUUGUAACUCCCAUGAAAAAACCUGAUUGCUCAAUUUUAAGUGAUUCUUUUUCAACACCUAGCCUUCUAGAUGAUGAUUUUGAUGAAUCUCUUUUGGAAGAAAUUGAUGCGGUAUAUGAGCAAAAAUCUGCGACAAAAGGAGAAAGUCGAGAUACAAGUAUUAGCUUGCAUGUGGAGACUGACUACAAUGACAACAACGACAGUGAUUGUAAGACCAGUUCAGACUCCAUUGUUAAUGACGAGAGUGUUGCAACCAAAAGUGAAUUGAACCAUGGUGAUGUUCUGGGAUCCAGAGAAGAGGACAGAAGAACAUCUAUCACUGUGGAGGUUGGGAGCAUGCCUGAUGAGUACCAGAAAUACUUGCAAUCUUUGAAUGAUAAGCAACGUGAAGCAGCUUGUAGUGAUAUUUCAGUUCCUUUAAUGAUUGUUGCUGGUCCAGGAAGUGGAAAGACUUCCACAAUGGUUGGGCGUGUUUUUAUGCUGCUCAAUGAGGGCAUUCAUCCAUCAAACAUACUUGCAAUGACUUUCACCACAGCUGCAGCCUCUGAGAUGAGAGAUCGUGUCGGAGCAGUAGCUGGGAAAGCAACAGCUAAAGAACUUACAAUCAGCACAUUCCAUUCAUUUUCUUUACAACUGUGUCGUUUACAUGCAGAAAAGUUGGACCGCACAACGGAGUUCUUAAUAUAUGGACAUGGACAACAGAGAAGAGCAAUCAUAGAGGCAGUGAGGUUAUUAGAGAAUGAAAACAAUGGAGAGAACUGUGAAACUUGGGAACCGGGUGGUGGCUCUAAUGGUACAAGGCAUCCAGAAUAUUUCAAGGAUAAGUCAAGAAAGUGGCAAAAGUUUGUGAAUCAGGCAAAAGCUUUUGGAAAAUGUCCUUCAGAUUUCGGCAGAAAGGGUGAUGAGAUAGGAGCUUCAAUUCUUCGAAAUUAUAACAAUAUAUUGAAAUCGUGUAAUGCUUUGGACUAUCAUGAUUUGAUCAGUUGUUCGGUCAAGCUGCUCAAUGACUUUCCUGAAGUGUUGAAGGAGUGCCAAGAUUCCUGGAAAGCCAUCAUAGUAGAUGAAUUUCAGGACACUAGUGCCAUGCAAUAUAGUCUCCUGCAAGUUCUUUCAUCUCAUAGCCGUGUGACUAUUGUUGGAGAUGAUGAUCAGUCCAUUUUUAGUUUCAAUGGAGCGGAUGUUUCAGGCUUUGAUUCAUUUCGUAAAGAUUUUCCAAACUACAAAGAGAUCAGACUUAUUAAAAACUAUCGAUCUACACGUUGCAUUGUUGAGGCUGCAUCUUCUAUUAUACAAAAUAAUAAGAAGAGAUGUCAGUCAAAAGAUUUCCUAACGGAAAAUUCUCAAGGGUCCAAGAUAACCAUCAAGGAAUGCCACAACGAGGAUGCACAAUGUGCAUUUGUUGUUGACAAGAUCUUGGAAAUUGCAAGUAGUAGCUCAGCUGAUCAAUGCUCCUAUAGCAAUAUUGCGAUUCUAUAUCGGCGGCAGGUAUCAGGGAAAUUGUUCCAAACAGCCUUCCGAGAAAGGAACAUACCAUUCAAUGUUCAUGGUGUAGCCUUCUACAGGAAAAAGGUAGUCAAAGGCAUUAUUGCUAUGCUUAGAACAACAUUAUCUGGUUGCGGUGAUGACCCAUAUCGUCAAGUUUUCAAGGCUUUACUUCCUUGUGGGAAAGAGGAAAAGAAAAGGGUAAUAGGCCACGUUGAUAAAAUUUCAACUAUUAGAAAAAGCAGCUUCAUAUCGGCUGCCUGUGACAUUUUUAAUGCAAAGAUUUCCGGUACCUUCAAAAGGAGUCAGCUUACCCAAGGACGUAAGGUGUUGGUAACGCUUGAGAUGAUAUCAAAACUUGUUAAUAGGAAAUACCUUCUUGAGCAACAGGCUGUCAUUGAUGUUGAUGGAGGGAAAUUACUUAAUGAAGAUAAUGACCUUAGAUCAGUUCUUCAGUACCUACUGGAUGACGUGUCUAAUUUUUUGUCUACACAUUCCACAACAGGAGAGAGAGCUGUGGUUGAAGAACAAAAAGGCUGUGCAUCUAUACUCAAAGCCUUCAUUGACUAUAUCUCUGAGCGUGAAAGAGUAAACUUUCGCUACCGGAGAUGUGAAAAUGGAAAUUCUGUCACCUUGACUACAAUUCAUCAGUCCAAAGGGUUGGAAUGGGACAUUGUCUUUAUAGUGAAGGCAAAUGAAUCUGAGAUUCCUCUCUUGCAUGAGUUUAAUGACACAGCUAAUGAAAAUGGGAGCUCAAUUGAGGAGGAAAGGCGCCUAUUUUAUGUGGCAAUGACUCGUGCACGAAAAAAACUUCUCAUUUUGUAUACUGUGAUGGAUGCGAAUUGGCAGAUGCUUCAGCCGUCACGAUUUCUCAAAGAAAUUCCAGAUCAUCUGCAUGAGAUUCAGGGUGAUUUAAGUAUUAAGUAUCGACACAUUCCGAGAGAAGAUAAACAUCAUAACUCUUACCUACUAGAUGAAAAACAACCCUCUGAGAUGUGUCAAGCUGGUGAUGCCACAAAAGAAUCAAUAGAAGCAGAGGAGGCAUGUUUCGGGAAUGGUUUCCUGAGAAGAUUUACUGUGGAGAACAGAUCUGUUGUCUCCCACUUGUUUCAUCAAUGGGCUAAGAAGCAAGCCUUUCAAGACCCAAGAAGGUUGCUUGACAAGGUCCGUUUUGUAAUCAAUGAACGCCUGACAGUCAAGAAAACCAAACAUAAGGAUGUUUUGCUUGCUUUGAAGACUUGUUUGAGCUCUGAGGAGGCAUUUCAGUAUGCAGAAUACGUUUUGUCUUGGGAGCAAAUUCCUGCAGAUACACGUGCUCAUUUAAUGAGGGAGAAACAGGUCUGUUUCUCUAGCGAUUUCUCUUUUGUACUUUUCCAGCCUUUUGAACAUAAACAAUAA